AUGGACCAAAACGUAACAAAUCUUAUAGUACCUUCUGGAACCCGCGUGUAUAAGUUUUCAGUGUUUCAAGACAGAAUUCCUUGUCAAUGUCAUCACUCCAUUCCAUUUCCUUCAUUCCACCCUAUAUCUUUCUCAGCGCUUCACAGAGUUCCUACUUCUGAUAUCUACAAGCAUGAACAUCAUCAAUUGAAUAAUCUUGUUCUUCCUCUUCAGAUUUUAAACCUAAAAAUGUCAGGUGCCCGGAAUACACACUGGUGCUACCAAUGUCUUGAACCUGUUCGUCUCCAAGGUCGCAAUCCAAUUUGCCCUUAUUGCUCUGGAGGAUUCGUGCAAGAACUGAAUGAGGAUUCUGGGCCUUUUCAUGGAGACGAAGCUUCUGAUUACGGAUUCUUGAACCCAUUCCCAAACCCUAGAAACAGAAUCAUGGAUACCUUUGCUGAGUUAAUUAGACAAAGAAUGAGCGAGAGAAACCCUAACUUCUUUGAGUUCUUUAAUGGAGUUCCAAUGGAUUCUAAUGCUAGUAAUAUCUUAAUGGGGACUGGUUUAGAAGAUUUGAUUGAACAGCUUAUAUCUAAUAAUGGUAGACAGGGCCCACCUCCAGCAACCCAAUCUGCAAUUGACUCUUUGCCUGUUAUUAGGAUAACAAAUAGGCACCUUCAAAUGGAGUCUCAUUGCCCAAUUUGUCAAGAUAAGUUUGAUUUGGGGUGUGAAGCUAGGAUGAUGCCAUGUCAUCAUAUCUACCAUUCUGGUUGUAUUGUACCUUGGUUACUUGAGCACAAUUCUUGCCCUGUUUGCAGGCUUGAGCUUCCUGCUCAAGGUACUGAUGUUAUCAGUAACAGCAGCAGUAGCAGUAGAAACACGCAGGACAAUGACCCAAGUGAUGGGAGGAGGAAUCCAUUAUCGUUUUUGUGGCCUUUUCACUAAACUAAGAAACUGAUUAUUGCUAUGCAAGAUUCUAUAAAGAGAUAUGUGGAAGCUGAUAAUUUGUGUACAAGGAAUAAAAAGAAAAAAAAAUGUCUCAUGAUGCUUGUUACCACGUGUAACGACAUAUUGAGACAAUGUAAGUUACCAUUUACCAAGCAUGGAUGUAUGGAUUCUCAUAUAGCACACAAACCCAACCACAUGUUAAAUGAUG